CCUUUAGCAUCGUUUGGGUCUUAAAGCAGAGUGAGAUUCUUGUUUUUUUCUCUCCCUUUUAACAAAUUGUUUUUCCAGCCAAGGAAAAGCGUAUUCCUCGUGACCCAACGCACCCUCUUCACCGCUGUUUGUAAAAUCGGAGAGAUGACGUCAGAUGGGGCGACGUCGAUGCCGGCGGCUCCAAGGAGGAAGCCGUCGUUGAAGGAGAGAGAGAAUAACAGGAGGAGGGAGAGGAGGAGAAGAGCUAUUGCUGCAAAGAUAUAUACUGGGCUUAGAGCUCUAGGAAAUUACAAUCUACCCAAGCACUGUGAUAACAAUGAAGUUCUCAAAGCUCUUUGUGCCGAGGCUGGUUGGGUUGUUGAAGAAGAUGGCACCACUUAUCGAAAGGGAUGUAAGCCACCACGGGCUCCAACUGAUAUACUAGGCAGUUCAGCUAAAAUUACCUCAUUUUCAUCCCAAAAUCCAAGUCCAUUGUCGUCUGCAUUUCCAAGCCCGAUUCCUUCCUGUCAAGUCAGUCCUUCCUCCUCUUCUUUCCCUAGUCCCACUAGGCUUGAUGCUAGUAAUCAGUCUAGUCUAUUCCCGUUCCUUAGAAGCGCCAUUCCUUCAUCUCUGCCACCUCUCAGAAUCUCAAACAGUGCCCCAGUGACACCACCGCUUUCAUCACCAACCUCAAGAAAUCCUAAGCCAAUUCCCAACUGGGAGGCCAUUGCUAAAGAGUCAAUGGCCUCUUUUAACUACCCAUUGUAUGCAGUCUCUGCCCCAGCUAGUCCCACUCACUGUCAUUUUCAUGCCCCGGCUGCUAUACCUGAAUGUGAUGAGUCUGAUGCAUCAACAAUCGAAUCGGGUCAAUGGAUAAGCUUUCAAAAGUUUGCACCUUCUACUUCUCAAAUGCCAACUUCUCCAACCUUUAAUCUUGUGAAGCCCAUUGCUCCACAAAGUUUGCCCAAUGAUUUGAUCAAAGAGAAAGGGCAUGGUUCGGAGUUUCAGUUUGAGAGUGGACUGGUGAAGCCAUGGGAAGGAGAGAGGAUUCAUGAAGUUAGAUUGGAUGAUCUUGAGCUCACGCUUGGAAGUGGAAAGGCUCGGUGUUAGACCAAGUCUAGCAGAGUACAAAUCGAAUGUUGGUGAAAAUGUAUGCUGAAACAGAAGAAAAGUAAGACGAAAGCUGUUGUCCUUACAGGUUAUCACAGUGAGAUGUAGAAGAACAUAUUGCAGAAUAUCUUAAACCAAAGAUUGGAAGAGUUACAUUUUCAUCUGCAAUUGUUUUUUUUUCCCCAGUCAGUUGAUUCUUUGAUUCCCUGGUUGAAUUGUUAGGGGAAGCUGGGUUUUUUUUAGAAUCAAAAUCAAUUCUUUGUAGAUACUGUCGGCUAUUUUGCUGGUUGACAGAAAUGUUUUUAUUUUUCUUUUAGGCUUUUUAUAGGCUUGGGAAAAAACCUCACAGAAUGAAAUUAAUUUACUGGUUUCUAUUGUUAAAUGGAUGUGUGAUCUUUGUUUCUAAGCAAAUGUUUUAUA